AUGAAAGCAGCGAUGGUGGCAGCCAAUUGGUGUCCUAACGACAUUACACGGCUGACCAACAAAUUUACAAGCAUUCAAUUACUGUAUUUCUUCAGCAAGAUGAAAAAGCCACCGAGUAUGGCUAACCAUCGAGUUUGCACUUCCAAGUGUUGUUUUGCACAUUCUCUUAGCCUGUCCCAGUACAAGAUGCGUCAUUCUGAGGCUUGUACCAAUGAAACUAAAUGCGAACGCAAACCCAUCUCCAUCGAUCAGCAGCCUGUCGUGGACAUCUACCGCUCAGGAACAGUACCCCUCCUUCAAUUCACUGUUAACGAUAAUGAGCCGAGCAAAGUUAUCCUUAAGUUAUCCAGUUCCGGGACAGACACGACACAUUAUGUGGCGAUAUCGCACGUCUGGUCGGACGGACUGGGUAAUGAUGGGACCAAUUCGCUCCCUCAUUGCCAACUAGCACAUCUUGCUAGAAUGCUCGACCUGUUUGCUGAAGCUGGCAAACAACCUUUUUUCUGGCUAGACACACUCUGUUGCCCGGUCGACCCUGAAGGGAAAAAGCUAGCGUUGUUGCAAAUGAGGCGCAUUUAUGCAGAAGCAAACAAGACACUGAUCCUCGACUCAAGUUUGUACAGCUACAAUAGUCAAGACCUAGGUGCAGCAGAGCUCCACCCCAGGUAUUUGACAUCUGGAUGGAUGCGUAGGCUAUGGACGUUGCAAGAAAGCCCACUCGCCAGCAACCCAUGGGUUCAAUUCAAAGAUGGACCUCCUCGUCUAGAGCCCAUGUUCAAUCGCCUUAAGAAAAUACACGACGAAAACCUAAACUACAGGAGGCUGGUGCAAGACUUUUGGCUAGAUUCUAAGCCACUGACUUUGAGCUGGUAUUACUCCCCAAAUGGCCUUCCUCAGCUUUGGCUUCUCAAUCGAGCGCUCUCACAGCGGAACACCACCGUUGCUGCGGAUGAAUCUAUCUGCAUAGCCUCGCUCAUGAGUUUUGAUGUGUCUGAAAUUCUCCCUCUGUCCGGUGAAAACAGAAUGUGCAAGGCAUGGGACCUUCUAGCUGCAGCCAACAACGGCUCACUCCCACGCAAGAUGAUAUUUCUCGACGGUUUCAAACUCAAACGCCGCGGCUAUCGAUGGGCUCCAUCCACCCUCUUACCUCCCGGCGAGCGCUUUCAUAACGAGCAUACUCGAUCCCUUCGAUGGCGAGGCCCCCAAGGCAAGCCCACUUCCGAGGGGCUAAUGGCCGAUUAUCACAGUUAUAGAUUUCGUCCAUACUCAGGCCCAUCCCCUUCUCCUAUUUGGGACAUCCUUCUCGAGAUGCGGCAGGUACGCUUUAUCUUCAAAGACCAAACACGCGGCAUCUGGUGCCAACUUGUCUAUAACUCAACACCCACGGAAAUAGAAAUCGGCCAAUCCGCCUCGGAGAUCAUGCAAACAUCAUUCGUGGACCGCCUAGCCAAGGGCGAUCUAGCCGUCGUUCUAGCAGAAAAACCUUCAGACAAGUCUCCGACGUUCUUCGAGGAUACGCUCCGAGGAGGUAGACUCGUCACCAUCACUGAGGAAAAAGAAGACGUAGUGUAUGCAAGUUUAGGCGAGGUUGUGAUUCUCACCCCCUUAACCCCGGAGGCAGUCAUCGUGUAUGAUGCUGCUGAACGGCUCAUGCAGGAACUCCGUAGCUGGGAGCUCGAAGACUCUAAAGGGCUUGAGGUAGCCCAGCAGGUGAGCGAGAAGAGAAUCCGUAAAAUGAAGGCUAAGUGUAAGGAGAUGACGAGCAAACUGCUCGCGGAUGAGCCAGGGCUGGCGGGUGCAGCGCUCAAGUGGUUAGGUGAGGGUGGAGAGGCGUUGGAUAUGUGGGUAUGUGUUGUUACUUGGUUCAGACAUGUGGAGGAGGGGUGGAGGUUGGAAGGGGGAAGGAUGUGGUGCGUUGAUUGA